AUGGUGCGCAAGUCUCUCGCGGUCUUGGCAACUGUAGCUGGAGCUUCAGGCUUCCGUCUCGGUCCUUUCGGAUCUCAAAAGCCCAUUGGUCAGAAUGAGCAUGACUUUAAGUGCGAUUUGCCGCCUGUGCUCUCACCUGGAAACGAUGGUCUCCCUUCUGCCAAUGAACUAUUCGACUCGAAAGAUGCUUUUAAUAAGCAGGUGAAGCGCCAUCAAGCGAUUGUGCGCGUCCCGUCAAUUUGUUAUGACGAUCUUGGUGAUGUUGAUAAAGACGAACGUUGGGCGCCUUUCUAUGAUUUACAUGACGUCCUGGCAAAGACGUACCCAGCCAUACAUAAAUAUGCAAAGCUGGAGAAGAUCAACAAGUUUGGUCUUGUUUAUACAUUUACCGGAAGCGACUCUUCACUCAAGCCGUAUCUUCUCGCAGCGCAUCAAGAUGUUGUUCCUGUUCCUGACCCAUCGACAUGGACGCAUCCUCCCUUCGACGCCUACUUUGACGGAGAGUGGCUUUGGGGACGUGGAGCAUCGGAUGAUAAGAACAGUCUUACGGCUCUCAUGUCAGCCAUUGAGACGCUGCUCACCGAGACGAAGUGGCAACCCAAGCGUACUGUAAUCCUGGCGUUUGGAUUCGAUGAGGAGUGCUCUGGCCCUCGAGGCGCUGCCAAGAUCGGCGAGUUCCUAACGGAGAGAUAUGGCGACAACGGUAUUCCAUUCAUCUUGGAUGAGGGCGGUUCGGGAAUUCAGCUCAUUGACGAUACUCUUUACGUUCUUCCCUCCGUGCAGGAGAAGGGCGCCAUUGAUAUCUGGGCUGAACUUCGCGUCAAGGGCGGCCACAGUUCUAUCCCUCACCCUCACACCGGAAUUGGUAUCAUGGCUGAGAUCAUUUCUGCUCUCGAGUCCAAGCCUUAUGAACCUGCUAUCCUCAAGGGAAGUCCCGUAUACAACCAUCUUGUCUGCCUGGCACGUCACUCUCCUGACUCACACACCAAACUCCAUGACCUUCUGAAGAAAGACGAUCUUGACAAGCUAAAGGAUGAGCUUAUUCAUCUUGAUCCCAUGGCCAAAUUCACUAUUCAAACGACACAGGCCGUUGAUAUUAUUCGCGGCGGUCAGAAGAUCAACGCUAUGCCUGAAGUUGUCAACUUGGGCGUCAACUACCGUGUAGCACCCCAAGACAGUCUCGAAAAGGUCCAGGAGCAGUUCGUCAAGAACAUUGACGCCGUUGUUCAAAAGUACAACCUCACUCUAAGCGCCUACGAGGAUGGCGCAAAGUCUCAGAAGGAAUCUGGAUUCGACUAUGACGGCCAUAUCAAACUCACAGCGAUUCGCAACUCAGUCACAACACCCGUAUCUCCUACCAGCGGCCCAAUCUGGGAUAUCUUCUCUGGCACAAUCCAGCAUAGCUUUGCUUUCGACGGCGGAAAGGUCGUACCUGUUGGUGAAAUCAUGACUGGCAAUACUGACACGAGACAUUACCUCAACUUGUCGCCAAAUAUUUACCGCUGGACACCGAGCCGACAGCGCGGAUCCGAGAACAUUCACACGGUCGAUGAGAGGAUUAGGAUUGAGUCGCACAUGGACAUUGUCAAGUUUUACUACGACCUGAUCCGCAACUUUGACGCAGCCGAUUUCUAG